CACGAAUGCACCAUCAAACUCCCUGUUCUAGGCCGCCUUGACAACCGAACCACCCACCCUUCCCCUCCCCGUUUGCUAAACGGUCGGCAACCUCAAACAAGCACACACCUUUAAUUUAGUUCUCGUUUAAAAUAUCGUCCAUUUAUUUUAUUUAAUUAAAGCGCGGUUUGUGUCGACGCUAUCAUGGCGGCGAGUGCGAAACGAAAGCAAGAAGAGAAACACCUGAAGAUGCUGAGGGAAAUGACGAGUUUGCCUGCCAACAGAAAGUGCUUUGACUGCGACCAGCGCGGUCCGACCUAUGCCAACAUGACGGUGGGCUCCUUCGUGUGUACCUCCUGCUCCGGCAUUCUACGAGGACUAAAUCCACCCAACAGAGUCAAGUCCAUCUCUAUGACAACCUUCACACAACAGGAAAUAGAGUUUCUUCAAAAGCACGGCAACGAGGUAUGCAGACAGAUCUGGCUCGGCCUUUAUGAUGGGAAAACCACUUCAGUGCCGGAUUUCAGAGAACCACAGAAAGUCAAAGAGUUUCUUCAAGACAAAUACGAGAAGAAGAGAUGGUAUGUACCACCUGAGCAGGCAAAGGUUGUGGCAUCCGUCCAUGCUUCUAUCUCUGGCUCGUCAAACAGUAGCAACAGCAGUACUCCCGAGGUUAGACCUCUAAAGUCCCUCCUGGGGGACUCAGCCCCUACCCUGCACCUUAACAAGAACACCCCACCUAAUCAGUCUCCAGUGACCGGCCGUGGGCAAAGCCAUCAGCAGCAUGACAAGAAGUUUGACCUCCUCGGUGACCUCGGCGGAGACAUCUUUGCCGCCCCGCCAAAAAUGAGCACAGGCGCCGGCUCGGGUUUUGCAAACUUUGCACAUUUCAACAGCCACACAAUGGCGCAGAAUAGCAACACAAAUGCAGACUUUGCUCAUUUUGAUGCAUUUGGGAGCAUCCCCGGGUCGGUGUGUGGGUUCCCCCUCUCGGCACCCCAAGCCUCAUUCCAAGCCUCAAACGCAGGAGACGCUGCAAUUCCUGGUGGGAUGAGCUCGACUGCCGGGAUGCCUCCGAAUAUACGAGCACCCGCACCCGGAGGAGGGGACCGCUACGCGGCAUUAGCUGAGCUUGAUACAGUUUUUGGCCCUUCUGUCCCCUCUGGUGUUUACAAUAACAACAGCGGCACCAGUGCACAAGGGGCUGCAUUUAGCUCCGAGACUGGAGUACCCCCAUCCCAUGCACAGCAGGUCCUACCUGGUAUGGCUCAAGGUUUUGGAGGUCCUUCAAGUAAUCCUUUUGUAGCUGCUGGUGUCGCCCCAGCAACAGCACCAGUCAACCCAUUCCAGAACAACAGAGUGGCAAGCGUGGCCGCGGCAGCCACAUUUGGCACCGCCUCCAUGAGCAUGCCGGCCGGAUUUGGCAACGCUGCACCCUACAACCUCCCCACCAGUUUUAGCGGAACCUUCCAGCAACCUUUUCCCGGCCAGAUGCCCUUCGCACAAGCGCCGCCGUACCCCCAGCAACCCAACGGUGGAGGAUUUUCGGUCUUUGCCCCGGGCAAGCCAGUGGUGACCCCAUUUGGGCAGGCGAUGGCCGCACCGGUGAUGUCCAGCAACCCUUUUCUGGGUGCAGGUCCAGGUGCGCAGUAUCCAACGGGAGGUUCUUCGACAAAUCCCUUCUUAUAGCCAAUCAGCUGCUCUCACACGUCUGCACCUAUUUCACUGUUUAGUUUCACAGGUAGCUUUAAAACACACAAAACGUUUGUACGGGAAGCUUUGGCGAAGAUCGACCGCUACGGGACGUGACAAGUCGUGACACUGUAUAUGCUAACGGCGCGUGCGGAAGGAGAGGUUGAUCCCCUCCUCUCCGAUUUAAACCCGUGACUGCAACGGAUCAUCAAAAAAAAAGUUAUCGCAAGCAGUGUAGUCGAUCUCCAUGCCGAAACUAUGAAUAUUCCGUCUUUCAGGAAAGCCGCUUUUUUUUGUGCAUAUCAGUAUUUGUAUCGAACACAAGAUUGUCGAUUGGGUUACUUAACUGCCAGUUGCUGUAUUUGUAAAGAACCAAACUGUUUAUUUGUGCUGAAUACUGUCAGUUAAAACCGGAGAUGUUGAUGCAUGAAAUUGUACGCGAGGUUACAAAUUAACGCUGCGUUACGUGCCGCCGCCGCUGCCCGCUGCCGACUGCCAGGCUCCGCCCUUUCACAAUGUUCCUCUACAUCCGUGUCGAGAUGGCUCGUGAACUGACAACCACUUUACAUCGGAUAAAAAGAGACAAUUUUAAGUUAAUUUGUAUAUAUAUAUAUAAAGUUAUAUAUAUUCAAAUGGAUUUUAAGAAUUGACCAAACCAGUCAUUUAUAUUGAUGUAUGACUAUAUUGUAUAUUUGUGCUGUUUAUAUAAAUAUAUAAAAAGGGUUAAUUUUUUA